UGUAUGAAAAGCAUUUGAACUCUGACGCUGCCUCAUUGUAUACUCGAGGUUCUCUCUAUGAUACACCAUAUCGAAGCAGAUUCUUCAUCACAAUCCUGAGUUAAACCAAAGUUAAAACAUCAUGAGGCCCAGAUUAGGGUAUUUUAGCGUUAUAAUAUUUUUCCAAGUGUUUUUUAUCUGCCACGAUUUUGUGGCCACUGCCAGCCAUGCUCCAUACACUUUCAACGAUUUGCUCGCCUUCGUAGCCAAACAAGGCCAAAAACUACACUAUGGUGAUGUCCAAACCAUUCUAAAAAAGCUUCAUUUCGAGGACUGUACUACCAGCGUUCGAAAACAAGAGUGUAAUAAGUGUCUGUCUCCCAAAGAUCUUGGUUUAACCAACUCAUCUGUUCUGAAUUCUACCCAAUUUAACGCUAAAUCGAUGGCGAUCGUGUACUAUUUGAUGCCCGAAAAGACUUCUGGUAAUAAUAGUACCCCAUGCGCAUUACCUUCCCUUCCCAGCAAACUGUUCGAAACUCUUGCUCACAACUUCACUCACGGCAAGUCUUCUAGUAUCACGGAACAUGGCUUAGAACAUAUUUUAAGCAACGUUAACAAGACUUUGGGACCUCAUCUUAACAAGAAAAAGUGUUUCUCAGCUGAAAGCAUCAUCGAAGAAGUGAAAAAAGAGGAAUCUGACCAUGAUCACCAUCAUGAACACUCAGGCAACGAGACCGGGUUGGAUGAAGAUGACUUCCAGAAAGCAUGCGCCAUCAUUGUUUAUCGUCUUAUCCAAGGAUAUUGUAUUGCUGAACAUGAAAGUCACUCUAACUUACCAUCAUCAUCAUUCUUCAUUGAUGAUUUAUUCAAAACCAAGAACUAUCUUCAAGAAGAAGACCUUCUAGAGAUAACCAAAAAGCUAGGCAUUGCUAAAGAGGCACAAAAUGAAGAUGUUGACGAUCAUGGUCAUAGUCAUAAACGCCGUCGACGUGCUGUUGCAGAACCUACUGCAGCUCCUACUCCACACAAUGCAACAUGCUUUUCACUUGAUUCACUCCUGGACGUAUUCAGCAUUGACCAUUCUGUUGGUGCAAGCAAAAGUUCUUUUACAGAACUUUGUCCUGCUCUUAUACAACAAGUACAAAGUGGCUCAUGUACAGCAAAAAAAAGCCAGACGAAAUCCACUGUUAGUGAUCUUUCUAAAGUGUGGGGGUAUGGUUUUCUCUCCGUGACCAUAAUCAGCUUGGCGUCUCUUGUUGGUGUUGCUACUAUUCCAUUUGUUGGUAGAACUAUGUAUAAAAAAGUUCUGGCAUUAUUGGUGGCACUGGCUGUAGGAACGCUUGCUGGUGAUGCAACUCUUCACCUUAUACCUCACGCUUUAGGUCUUCACCAACACGAAGAAGGAGAGGAAGAACCUCAUAGUGAAGACAUAAGUAAAAGUUUCCUAUGGAAGGCGGCUGUCAUCCUUGCUUCUAUUUAUUUCUUCUACCUCUUUGAAGUACUGAUGCAUUUUGGGCUCAAAAAUAAACACACCCAUAGCCAUGUUGAUUUAGAGUUACCAGGACCAAGCAGCCGACACAUGAGCUACAACAAGAAGAAAGCCUGUUCCAAUUUUGAACACCACGAGGGGACACCACAAAACCUUGGAAAUUCAGAUGAGAAGGUUCCUGAAAAUGGAGACAUCAUUCUGACAAAUGUACCCAAAGGACCCCGGUGUCAUAGUCCACAGUUUCACAACUGUGUUCAAGUUUUUGAGAAUUGCGCCAGCACUAGUUCAGAGUCUGAAGUUGAGGAAAUGAAGUUUUUGGAGAAUGCCAGAACCGAAGAUAAAGUUGACUAUGAGGCACAAAAGAAACCUCCACUCUCCAAGAAGAUUUCAAGUCUGAAAGAAAGUUUAUCCAGACGUUCAGUGUUUAGUGAUGAAAACCAAGAUAAGGAAAAAGAAGGCAUAUCUACUGUAGCGUGGAUGAUUAUCAUAGGUGAUACCAUCCAUAACAUCAGUGAUGGCCUAGCUAUUGGUGCUGCAUUCUCUGAGGGAGGUGCAUCUGGUAUCUCAGGAGGAAUUAGUACAUCAAUAGCUGUCUUUUGCCAUGAAUUGCCUCAUGAAUUAGGUGAUUUUGCUGUGCUGCUUACAGCAGGCAUGAGUGUCAAGAAAGCUCUUUUUGCAAACUUCUUAUCAGCCUGUUCAUGUUACAUUGGCCUUGUCAUUGGCAUUUUGGUUGGACAACAGAUAGAAAUGAGGUUGUGGAUUUUUGCCAUUGCGGGAGGCAUGUUUCUUUAUGUCGCAUUAGUGGAUAUGCUUCCAGACUUAAUGCACAGCGAGUCUCUACAGACAGACACAUGCAUCACAUUUUUGUUGCAGAACAUUGGAUUGAUUCUGGGGAUAACCAUCAUGCUUAUCAUUGGUUAUUUUGAAGAAGCCCUCAUGGCUGCUGUCAAGAUAUAGGAUAAAUGUUCUUUCGAUCAAUCAAUGGAAUAUUUAUCUUCCUUACAUAUAUAUACCUGUUUCUGUACACUAAAUUUUGUCAACUGAAAACUACAAAGAUAAGAUACCACACAUGCCACGAGGUAUUAAUUGUGAUUUUAACAGUUACCAGUUAUGCAGUUUCACCCCCAGUGAGCUUCAUCGAGCUGCAACUUUUAUCAAAAACAUUUUUCUUGAUUCUCUCAGAUCUCAGCUUUGUAGCUCUUUUGGAUGACUAACUUUAUUGAAAUGAGCAUAAAUAAAUAUAAUAAUUAUAAUACUCAAUUGCGGGGCUAAAAAUACUGACUGUUCAUUUGCCAGCCAUGAUGUCACCCCAAAUUAGUUUUUUAUCUCAGUCAUACCUUAUUUCUGGCUCAAUGUCACUGGUCAAAAUGACUGGCAAGGCAAACAUUUGACCCUCAAGACAAGUUCCAAUUCUCGCCAGACAUUAAUUUGAAAAAUC